AUGGGCAAGAUGGUUGUACCCAGAUCAUCCAACGUUAUUACGACAGACAGUGAAUUUGCCCUUGUUAAUGUUUCUGUUUUCCGCAAGUAUAAGCAAGACUUCUCUCAAGCUUGUCGCGAAAACAGGUUCAUUGUUCGUGAAUUUCAAUUCGACCCCUCAUUAGGACAAGAGUCAUCAAAACAACUUCAAGACGCCCGCGAUAAAGAAAAAUUCCAAUACAAAAAGUUCACUCAACUACUAAAAGUCGUCUUCUCUGAAACAUUCCAAGCUCUGGCUCAUAUUAAAUUCCUCAGAUUAUACAUCGAAUCUGUCCUGAGAUAUGGUUUACCAACAGACUACUUAUAUGUUGUCAUAGAUUUAGACGAAAAGUCUUCCAACAAGCUUUUACCUCCCCUCAUCCAACAUUUUGCUCAUCUAUCUCCAUCACUAGCUAACAAAGUCAAUGAUAAAUCUGGCGAUGUCAAUAUUAGUGGUGAGUAUGCCGGUCUACUCGAUCAAGAUAUCUAUCCCUUCCCACUCUUCGCUUUGGAUUGUCCUAGAAAUGAUUAG